AUGAAUGGUACUUUGGACAUGGAAAAAUUUAAAUUUUACAUUAUGCAAGAUGCUUUAUAUCUCGUCGAUUUCGGACGAGCACUGAGCAUACUGGCCGGUCGAUGUUCAGAGCCGAAACUGAUCAGAUUACUUUUGUCAUUUGCAACUGGUAUUGAAUCGGUCGAAGAGUUGUUGCAUGAAAAGUAUUUCAAGCUAUUCAAUAUUCAACAGCGAACAAUGGAACAAUCACCCUCAUGUCUCGCUUAUACUCAAUUUCUUCUGGCAAAAGUAUCGCUGGGUAGUAUUGAAGAAGCGUGGGCUGCUCUUUUACCGUGUUUCUGGAUUUAUCGUGAAGUUGGAAAAUACAUUUAUCAGCAGGCAAACACUUCCAACAGUACAAAUCCAUUUAAAGAUUGGAUUGACACAUAUGCGGGAGAAGAAUACAGUGAUGUGGCACAACGAGCAAUUGAUACUACAGAACUACUAGCACAACAAUCAUCCGAGACAUCAUUCGAGAAGAUGAAAGAAGCUUUUAUCUAUUCAAGUCGGUUUGAAUACAUGUUCUGGGAUAGUGCAUAUAAACAACAAUGGUGGGUUAUAUAG